CCAAUGUUGCCUUUCUACUUUCUCUGCGCACUCCCCCUUCCCUGGCUGAUAUACCGUACGAACCGGUUCUUCAGCCGCCGCGCCCUGAACAACGCAACACCAGCCAGCUUCGACUGGAACAAGGAGAUCGUCGUGAUAACAGGCGGAUCGAACGGGAUCGGUGCAGCGACGGCACGGCUUCUCGCCGGGAGAAAGACGACAGUCGUCAUCUUGGAUAUCCUGCCGUUGAGCUUUGAUCCGCCUGAAAACCUGCAUUACUACCGUUGCGAUAUCACGCAGUAUGCAGAUCUACAGGCUGCAGCAGAGAUAAUCCGGAGGGAAGUCGGAGCGCCAACCUGUGUGAUAGCGAAUGCGGGAAUCUGUCGUGGGAGACCUCUCCUCCAGGCCACGGAGAGAGAUGUCGAACAGAUAUUCUCCGUCAACAGCCUCGGUCUGAUCUGGACGAUCAAGACGUUCGUCCCGGACAUGGUCUCGCGAAACCACGGCCAUCUGGUGAUUAUGGCGUCGCAGACUGCCCACCUCGCCACGGCGGGCAUCACAGCCUAUGCCGCGACCAAGUCAGCGGCUCUGGCUGUCUACGAGGGAGUGCACACCGAACUGCGACACCACGCAGCCACAGCCGCGCGUGCCGUUCGAGUCUCGUGCGUGGCCCCCUCGGCGGUCUCGACGGCCAUGUUCGCAGGGAUCCAGAUGCCCCCAGGGAUCGAACUGCUGUCUGCAGAAGCCGUCGCAGAGGGUGUAGCGCAAGUGGUAUGGAGUGGCGAGAGCCAGAAUGUCUCCAUCCCCUCUUCUUCAGGGAUGUCGGCGUGGAUGAGAGCGUUGCCGGACUGGACGCGCGUCGCCCUACAAGAUUUCGGCAAGGAUGUGAUGAAGAACCUCACGGUGACCAGGUAGACACGACCGAUUACAUGCAAAUAUAUCAUACAUGCGUUAAACGUACUUUCAACCCUCCCCUCGGUCUAGAAGUAAGCCCCGUCUCGAUGACGAUGGGUCCAUCCUCGGCCAACUCAAUGGUAAACGCCCGCACCAGCGCUGCCAGGAGACACGCAAACUCCCCGCGCGCAAACCCCUGUCCAAUACACGACCGCGGACCGUGCAGAAACGUCAUAAACGCAUAGUUGGAUGUACUGCCGCCGCCAGAGGGUGUCUUUAGCCAACGCUCUGGGCGGAACUCUCGCGCAUCGGCACCCCAGAGCCGAGUCGAGAGGUUAGUCGCGC